CCCCUACACCACCUAGGUUGAAUGACUGCUAAUUGGCGCUGCGUGUGUCAGUCACCCUGGCCUUUUUUGUAAUCUGUUGCUUUGUGAUCGUUCGUCGCCGUCAUCAGGCUUAAUUUAAAGAGGGAUUUGCAUCAAACGAAUCAAGAUUGAAUACAGAAAUUCCUAAAAGGUGAAAAGAAGGCCAGCUGUUUAGGUCCCUUGCAAUGAGCUCUCACUUUCAAGCAAGCUGCCUGGUGCUUGGAAUCUUCUUGCUGUUGACAACAUGUUCGUCGCGUGACUUGAACCCUCUAGAGCUAGGGCUGUUCAAAGCAAUGGUGGACAAGUGCCUCGGCGACAAGACGUACUUCAUCGCAGGGUUCUGCCAGGACGUGUUUCAGAGAGCGGAUGAACUGGGGCUGCUGUCAGAAGGGAAGGUGACAUCAGAAAGCCCACUCCCUGUUCACACUGAAGGUGAAACGAACGCUACUGGGGAGCCUUCGCCAAGUAAUCACGCUAAGAUGUACGAUAUGAGUAAGAGGAAUACGUCUGAAGUUCGACGUGAUAGGAAGCAUGUCAGGACAGACGUGGGCGUGGCUGAUACUUCUCAUUUUGACGGGAGAACUCACCAAGGACAACUGACUGGUCAUCAGGUAAACACAGAGAAUGAUCCGGAGGUAAAGAAAGUAACGGAGAGUUCACACAAUGACAGGCGGUUUAGGAAGGAGACAAUGCCGGUCAAAUUUGCGAGAAGUAAUCAAGGAAAGAGAAGUAUUAAGCAGCUCACGGAAGACGCGAUGAGCCACGUAGAAUCGGUGGACAGUAGAGAAUUCAACGAAGCUCACCUUCAACUGGCUUACGACUUUGUCGAACUGCUGCGCGUAGCCCUCCAGCGCGAGAGCGAAAACGAAUUCAGCAGAGCAAAGGAGAACAUCGGGUACGCGUUGAGUGCAACAUUCGAUAUUGAGUCGCCAGAUGUUGUGCAGCAAGAAACUGAGGGUUUGAUAACAUUCAUGGUCAAGCUUCUAGAAGAAGACAGUGAUGGCGACGAUGAAAAGGCCGCGACAGAUGUUGCAGAACACCUCAAGAGGAGGAUGUCUGAUAUAUCUCAAUGUUCCUCCAAAGGAGUUGAUGCCUCGUUGAUCGACAUAACAACAACAACACCAAUGUCACCACACGAUAAUUACGAAGAAACUCUGGCUGUAGAGGAAGCAGAUAUCCCUCCAACAGAAACCUCGGCUGAAGGCAAAGAUUCAACAGGUCACUGGGAGAAGAACCAAAUGGAGAGAAAAGACCGGAGACCUCGCAGGGACAUCGAACGCUGGAUUCCCAAGUCGAGAUACGACGUUGACGAUUCGCGUCUGUCCGGAGAACGGUACAAGGCCACGUACCUGUCGAGCGAAGCGGCGGAAAAGGCAGUCGGAAACGAGGACCAGGAGAUAGAAGAGUGUUUUGCACGGUACAUUGUAGCUGAAGAGCUUUUCAAGAGUGAGAAUUUAAACGAGUGAAGAGAAGAGUCAUGGUUUGAAGAGCGAAGAGAAUUUAAAGAACGAAGAUAAAAGUGAGAGUUUGAAGAGCGAAGCCAAGAGUCAGAAUUUAAAGAGAGAAGAGAAGAGUCGUGAUUUAAAGAGCGAAGAGAGUUUAAAGAGUGAAGAGAAGAGUGAGAAUUUAGAGAGUGAAGAGAAGAGUCAUGAUUUAAAGAGCGAAGAGAAUUUAAAGAGUGAAGAGAAGAAUGAGAAUUUAAAGAGUGAAGAGAAGAGUGAGAAUUUAAAGAGUGAAGAGAAGAGUGAGAAUUUAGAGAGUGAAGAGAAGAGUCAUGAUUUAAAGAGCGAAGAGAAUUUAAAGAGCGAAGAUAGAAGUAAGAAUUUUGAGAGUGAAGAGAACAAUGAGAAUUUUGAGAGUGAAGAGAACAAUGAGAAUUUAAAGAGCGAAGAUAGAAGUAAGAAUUUUGAGAGUGAAGAGAACAAUGAGAAUUUGAAGAGCGAAGGCAUGAGUGAGAAUUUCAAGAGUGAAGAGAACAACGAAUGAGAA